AUGUUCCAAUUGUUAUAUUACAUUCCUACUCUAAGCAAUCUGACACCCACUCUGUGUACCAACCAGCCUGAGUUCAGCCUUGAGAUUAUGAAAAGGAAAAAGUCCAACCAGAAAGCCAAAACCAAAACUGAACAUUAUUUCUUCUCCAACUUCCAGCCACCCAAAAUGAAAUCCGGUGAAAAUCAGCAAGCAGCUUUUGCAAUCAUAGAACAAGCCAUUCCUGAAGAUGAUUUGAGGCUGGUAGCAUGGCAGAUGGCCAAAUUUGUCAAGAAGAAAUACUCCCUGACCAAAAAUAAACUUGCAUUGCUUGUGAAAGAACACACAUACCAAAGCAACCAACUCAGGCAAGCUGUAUCAAGACUGGAGGAGAUUGUGCAGAGUGACACACAUGAUGAAUUCUGGAAGAAAAAUUACCUUGGAACUGAGCCUGCCCACCUAUGA